AUGGCGUUGCUUAUCAAUAAUCAAGCUCUAACAAUGAGCAAUUCAGCUUCUACUAGUACUGCUGCGUCUUCCUCCGGCAGAAACUCAUCCAUUAGAUUAACAAACAGAAGUAGUUUUUUCAGCUGUGAGGCCAAAAAGGUGAUGCCGAGGAUCCUAGUGAUCAGAAAUACUAAGUUUUCUUCCGACUCUGACAGUUAUAGCCCGAUGAGAAACCGAAGCAGUAAGAGUAGAGCUAGUCCUAAAUCGCAGGAGGACGAGACGAGUCCGACUACAAGUAGUAGUGACGCCCAUAAUACUGCAACCACGACCAGAAAGACGAAAAAACAAGUUGUAGAAGAUUUAGAGCGUUUAUUCAGACUACCGUCAUCGCCAAGGCAUCGCCGUAUUGAUGACGACGAAAGCGAUGACGAUGAUUCAUUUAUCGGGGGUAACAGUCAUGGUUUCUCAUCGUAUGGCGGUGGUUACAGACGGCGUCCAACGAUUAAGGUGGUGUAUCAGGGUGUGAGAGGUUCGUAUUGCCAAGAGGCAGCUGUGAAGGCCUUCUCUAGCAAUAUCUCGAAUGUUGAUUUAUUAUCAUCUUGCAGUACUGGAAUGGAAGAUGCAUUCCAAGCACUAGAGGAUAGAUCCGCGGACCGCGCCAUCAUACCGAUCGAGAACUCUUUGGACGGCACUAUCGAUCGCAACCUUGAUUUACUUCUCCGACACGGCCAAAAUGUUGAGAUCCUUAGCGAAUUAAUCAUCCCAGUGAAUCACUGCCUCUUGGCCGGUAAUAACCAGUUGAUGAAUAUAAGAAGGAUUGUCAGCCAUCCACAAGCUUUAAGCCACUGUAAGACUAAGCUGCUUGAAUACAAGUCCUACUUAAGUAGUCUUGGUUGUGAUCUGGAGGUAAUUGAGGUAGAAAAUGCGGCAGAUGCUGCAAAGUUCAUAUCAGAGAAUGGGAUCUCGGAUACCGCCGUUAUUGGAAGCAGAGUAGCCGCUAAAGAAUUUGGUUUGCAGAUCGUGGAGGAGAAUAUCCAAGAUACCAGUAACAGCGGAAAUUUCAAUAGAUUCUUGGAAUUGGGACGAAAAAAUAUUAGUCCUAGUACUACUAGCAGUGGUGGUAUCAAGAAUAAGAAGACUACAAUAGCUUUCGCACUUGAGAAGGGUGUGUCCGAUAUGCACAAGGCUCUAUCGAUUUUCGAGAGGGCCAAUAUAAAUGUUACAAGGGUGGAGCACCGUCCCAACAGAUCAAACCCGGUGAUCGUCAAGAAGGACAGCAACCGAAAACAACCACCUUGUUGUUUCGAUUAUGUGUUCAUAUUGGACUUGGAGAAGGAGGAGGAAAGGAAGUUGAAGGUCGUGUUGUCCGAGCUCGAGAAAAUAUCCGGCGAAUCUGUACAUGUUUUGGGUAGUAACUAUACUUGCCGGUCGAUUUCUUAG